AGUGGGCGCAAGCGAAUAUAAACAGCUGUCCGCAAUGAGUCACCAACCUCCAGUUUCCUGUAUUCCAAACACAGCGAAAAUGUCGAAGGCGAAGAAAGUUAUUGAAGAAGCGCGUGAAAUCAAUAAUCCAGAGAUUGAUUUAGUGGACAAAGGUAUCUCCAACCUCGAUGAAGUACCUGGAUUGUUCAGCCUUGCCAAUAUUACCAGGCUUUCGUUGAGCCACAACAAAAUCCAGGUAGUGCCGCCUGCCUUAGCUAAUUUGAUAAAUUUGGAAAUUCUUAAUUUCGCCAACAACCACAUUGAGGAACUUCCAGUCAGCCUGUCGUCAUUGCCGAAGCUCAGAAUAUUGAAUGUCUCUCUCAAUAGGCUCAAUGGCCUCCCAAGAGGUUUUGGAACAUUUCCAGUAUUGGAAAUUUUGGACCUGACAUACAAUAACCUUAAUGAAAAAACUUUGCCAGGAAACUUCUUUAUGAUGGAAAGCCUGAGAGCAUUGUACCUGGGAGACAAUGAUUUUGAAUACUUGCCACCUGAAAUUGGAAAUUUGAAAAAUUUACAAAUUCUGUCAAUGCGUGAAAACGAUCUGAUAGAAGUGCCUCGUGAAUUGGGGCAGCUGGCUCGUCUCCGGGAACUCCACCUGCAAGCCAACAGGCUUGUGGUGCUGCCGCCUGAAAUUGGUACAUUGGAUCUGGCAAGCAACAAAUCAGUUUUACGAUUGGAAGGUAAUUUCUGGAUCCCACCCAUCGAGGACCAGAUAAGCCUGGGUCCAUCUCAUGUGUUGGAUUAUCUCCGCUCAGAGACAUACAGAGUGCUAUACAGCCGCCACAUGUCGGCCAAGCCGCCGCCGCCGCCGCAGACGCUGGACAAGAGCAAGAAGGCGAGUCGCGCCCGUUCGUAGACUGCUGUCCCGGUUACCACGACCACGAUUAGCUAUUUACAUCUCACCAUCGAAUCGGUUCGCAUUGAGACGCAGCUAACCCACCACAGUGCGCCAUUGUGAAGUAACGACAACAUGCGUCUCACUUCGAAUCGAUUCGACAGUGAGAAGUUAAAUGCAAACCCGCACUUCGCCCACUGAAAAUACAUUUGAGGGGAGAUUCUCACUUUUCACGUAAGAUACUAUACUACUAUCUGGAAUAAUCUCUUAGUCUAUUUCAAAGACAAAUGUGAAGCGAACUUGUCAAAAUGAUUUGACAUUCAUACACUAGCUGGUAAAUAUAUAAAUCUCGGUCAUCCGUCUUCGCGUUGAAGUUACUCGGUUGUCAGGCGAUUGGCACGCAUAUGCUCCUUUACGACAUCAAGCCAGCAGUAAAGAUAACUUGCCACUAGAUGGCGGGGUAGGUAGUCGUAAGUCAUGUCAGAUGCCUUUAGGCGACUUGAAUAAAAUCUCGACACCAGUCUGUAUUGAUAUGAUGAUGAUGAGUAAAAAUAAGUACAUAAAUCAGUUGUAAUUGAUUUAACAUGAUUUGUUUUCGCUAAACUAUUUUCGAGGAAAUGGGACAAGCAUGAUGUCUUACGUAAUUUCUGGGCAUUAUUUAUGCCAAAACUGCCAUAAAAUUUGUACUAAAUACUAACGUAUUAAUAUUGGUGUGCUUCGAAUUUCGCGGUGAAUAAAUGAAGACUAUUUUUAUAUAAAUAAUAUCUAUGCAUAUAAUAAAACUGAAAAUGUGCUGUAUAUCUGUACAUAGGAGAUAAUACAAAAAAAUAUAUGGGGACUCUUUGUUCUAAUAGAAGCCAAAACAAUUUUUGUCUGUCUUUCUGUAUGUGUUUUUACUACUGGAUAGAAUUUGUAGCAUAAUUACUAAGCAUAAAUAAUAAUCAUUCGUGUUGCAAAAUUAAAACUAAUUUUAAGAGAUCUUAUAAAAAAUAAUAGCAAUAUCAUAUUUUUUAAAUGUAUUUAAUGACAAACAUGUACAUUAUGUACACAAAAAUACUAUUUAACAAGUGCACUUAUUUACAAUUUGAACAUUUAAGUAAAAUUUUUUUACAAAACUAUAUAAUUAUGUUCAUUGGUGCUAUGUAAAAACAAAUGUUAAUAGCAUUUUUCUUUAUACAAACCAAAUCAAACUAGAAAUAAGUUAGACGACUGUUAAUUACAAAUUAAAUUAUUACUAACAAAAA